UGGGGCCCACUGCCAAUCCACUAACCCUGCAGGCGAGGCUAUCGUUUCCUAGCGCGCAUAUCAUGCAGUAGCCUGGGAGUUUUGGCAGCUCUCCAUCGCAGUGGCCAAGCGAGGCGGCAUGAGAAAGCUAAGAUUUUCACUCGCCUUGAUAUGGUUACAUCUCUCAUCGUACGAUCAGCAGCUCCACACAGUUCUUCCGCAACUAUGCACAGCGGCAUGCAUAGAUUCCGGCGACUGAGCAUAAGAUAAUUCUUGGAGCUUCGGCGUUCCCUCAACACGUCGCAUGAUACUCCGCGAGUGACAAGAAUGCGUACAGCUAUGAGUGCAUCGAAGGCGCCAGAGACGGCCACGAUCACACUUCCCAACUCUCUGCAAUUCCCCUUGGAAUCUCAAAGCGGAGAAGGAUAUGUUAUCCAGGUCUCAUGGCCGUUGCAUUGGCAGAAUGGCUGUGCACCGACUGACAAGGCGAUGCCAGUAGUAUAUAUCGUCGACGGCAACGCUAUGUUCUUGACCGCAACUGAAAUCGCCUGGCGACGCGCUACAUCUUCACGCUUCGCAGAUGGCGGCAUUAUCGUCGCCGUUGGAUAUCCUUUACAGCCUGAAAAGCUGUACGAUUUCCAAAGACGAAGUCGAGAUCUCACUCCACCAACUACGCCUUCGAUUGAGGGUUUUGGGGACGCAGAUCGAUUUUUGGAUUUCCUAGAAGGACCGGUCAAAUCGGCAGUCAGAGAGAAAUUCCCGAACAUUGUGAUUGGUAGAGAGGCGCUUUACGGGCACUCUUAUGGAGGGCUGUUCGCGCUGUACGCUCUGUUCAUCCGGCCGCAUUCUUUUGAGUGUUUCAUGGCUAGCAGUCCUUCGAUUUGGUGGAAUAGUCGAUGUGUAUUGAAAUAUGCGCAAGACUUCUUAGAAAAGGCGCAGGCGCCGACGGCAGCUGCUCCACCGUCGCUCAUGCUCUUCUGUGGUGGGUGGGAGCAACAUCCUCCGCGGUGGAACAAUGAGCCUCUGGACGAAUACGAAGCGCGACAACGAAUGUGGAAGGAUAUUCGAAUGGAAGACAAUAUGCUGGACCUUUGUAAGAUGCUUGAAGACUGCAAGGGGUUGCACACUGUGCAGAAGAGCGUGUAUGAGCAGGAGGAGCAUACGAGCGUCAUGUCGUGCUCCCUUUCUCGCAGUAUCACGCGCUUCCUUGAGGAAUGGCCGUUGCAGAGUUCGUAGCGGCGGAGCACUACGGUUCUUGAGAACUUCGUCUUGUAGCCAGCGUAGAUGGAGCCAUCUAUAGAUCAGAACACAUUGCCCUUCGUCUGAGUCAUUGUCUUGACGUUCACGUUCCUGAUCAUUGCCACCCAGAGGAAGCCCAGAGCCAUGAAACCAGUGCCGGUCGCAAUCAGA